GCCUUAUUGAGUGGAGAGACGAUAUGAAAAGUUGUCUCAACUGUCACUUUAUUGUUCAGAAGGUGUGAUUCAACAAUUGAACUUGCCAGUUCCAACUCACUACUGAAUCUACAGAGUAACUAUCAGCACCCACCCGAACUUUUUUGAAAGCAAUAUGUUGUGGCCAAUCUAUCAAUCUUAUUGCUGCAAUUUUUCAAAGGAAUUUCUCUUUAUGGUUGAUUUACAAAACAAAUCAUUAUUCUCAAUCGAUGCUUGCAGUUUCUGCCGCUCUUACAGAUUUGCCUGACUUUUUCUCAUUUCAAUUUAGUAAGGUUUCUUUACUUGGAAGCAACAUUUUUUAUUAAUAAAGAACAUGUUCCACAUGCCUGUCUUUUUCUUAUCCUGGAGAUGUAUUGCUAUUCCAUAGAUACUUCAGCUCAAUUUCGUAUUGAUAAGAUGCAUCUUUAGUGGCAAGUUCCGUAUUUUUUAUGUUCCAUUUUGAUCUUAUAUGGGUUUCAACUAAUAGAGAUCACUCAGAUCAGCAUGGGAAUUGGAGGCUAUCUUGCUUUUACUUGAUCUCCCAUUGGAGUUGGAGAGCAGUCGAGCUAAAAGAGUUGCUACAUAGUUCUUGCGAUUUCCUUGCCAAUCUUAAGUACUUAGGUCAAUGUUUGGAGUCGUGGGUUGGCCCAACUGAGGCAAAGCUCCAUGAAAGGAAGGAUUGCUCAGCCAGAUGAUCAUGCCAGUUUGAUAUACUGCCUAAGGUGCCACCUGUCAAUGGGAAAAGAUGAACUGAUUAACAAGUUAGCAUUUGGUUCGUGUUUUUAUUCCUUUUUGUGGUUUUAUUUUGUAGUUUCAACUUUCAUGCCAGGUUUCUCCCUCUGUUUCCUUGGUUGUUUGGUUGAUUCCAAGUUUUCCAGCUCCCUUCUGUGCUUGAAGACUCCUGGAUAUUGUGGCUCACAAGCACCCUCAAAGGAAGUAGCCAGUAUAGUGAAAGUAGCAUGUUGAAGGAGAGUGCGACAGGGAAUUGACAAAGACUAACUAUUCAUUUUGCCCCUUCAUUCCCUACGGCAUUCAAUUAGGUUCAUACUUAGUGUUAUAACUUAUAAGUGUCAACGGACUCAAAAUAGAUUUGUCAAUGUUAUUUCUAUAAUCCAAU